AUGAGCCGCCCAAACGUACCCCGCGACCCCAUCGCCGGGCCAGACACCGUCCAGCCACCCUUCCCGCUCAAACUGCGCGGCCCAGUCGUCAAAGGCUUCGGCCGCGGCUCCAAAGACCUCGGCAUCCCAACCGCCAACAUCCCCCUCACAGGCCUCUCCAUCGGCGGCAACGACGACCUCGAAUCCGGCAUCUACUACGGCUACGCCUCCCUCGACCACACCACCAUCCCCUCCCUGACCACAGACAUCAGCGUCCCCAGCGCAACAGCAGACACGGCAAUCCCAGCGCGCAGCUCAAACCACGCAGUCGCCGACCUGGAAACACCUGCGACCGCGCCCCCAAGCCGCCCCAUAUCACCAGGCUGGACUAACGACGUGAAAGUCUACCCCACCGUCCUAAGCAUAGGGUACAAUCCCUACUACAAGAACGAGCAGCGCAGCAUAGAGAUACACAUCCUGCACUCGUUUGCGCAGGACUUCUACGGCGCCACCCUCUCGCUCGUUAUACUGGGUCACAUACGCCCGGAGUACGACUACGUGAGCAAGGAAGCGCUGGUGGAGGAUAUCAGAGAGGACAUACGCGUUGCGCAGAGGAGUCUGGCAAGGCCUGCGUACGAGGCGUGGCGGCAGGAUGAAUGGUUGUUCGGAGAGGGAGCCAAGAUGCAGGCGGGACAGGCGGUAACGGCAAGUGGGGGACGGGAGGAGGCCGACAAGGAUGCCGAGGAGGCGAAAAGGGAAUUCGCGCGGAGACAGCAGGCAAAGGGUCAGAGCGGGAUACUAGCCAAGAGCGAGAUUAUUCCCUGA